AUGUGGAAAAUUGUCGAGGAGACGCCGAAGAAGUACGACAUCGCACUCAUCUUCGAGCCGCCCUCUGAAUGGGGCAUCAGAUUGCACGUUGAUGGACCGAUCGACUGGGUUUGCAAGAUUGUGCCCACCGCCGCUCAACUGCCACGCUGGGCCCUCCUGAAGGCUGAUCCUACGACAGCACCUCCAGGAGCUUCUCAAGACAAGAGGGAGUAUACGGCCCGCGCGAGGUAUCUCCGUCUCUUCCUCACCAAUUCCUCCAUCAAAUCGUUGACGAGCCUGAUGUGCUGUUACGGGAACAAAUUCUGGUAUUCGCUGAACAUGAAGGUGGAAGAGCUGUGCAAUCCGCUGGAUGCGCCCUCGUUCUUUGAGUUGCAGGGAAUUAUCGACCACCUCAAGCCCUCCCGUUUCGUCCAACACCGAUUCUUGCUGAUCGAGCAUGGCCAGAAUGAAGCGCGCGACAGGUUCUUGCAAAGCCCCACGGUGCGCUCGCUGGAGAUGUUGCACGUCUCCUUUUACUUCAUCGGCGAGAUCCGCUGUCUGUCCCAUAUCCGCGCCAAAGAUUUGCUGAUCGCCAUGAACAAGGCACGGGAUAUCGGCGACUGGCCAAUCGUGCUCCAUUUUGUGUCGGGUCGCGUUUGGCGUUGGCUGGAUGGGACGGAUGAAAUCGACAAAUUCGCUCUGAUCAUCACGGAGUGCGGCCACAUUCACCAGCUGCUGACAUACUACCUGGACAAUCUGUCUCCUGCAAUUGGAUGGGUCGAUCGGACAUACCCCGGCAUGUAUCUCAUCGGAAGGGCCAGCGAUGGCCAAGCCUUGCUCGCCUAUUUCCACAGUUUCGCAGGAUAUUUCUUGCUACUCCGCUGCGACUACAAUUUCAGGCGCGGCCGUUGCCUCGGAAGUUAUCAACAAAACGGACGGACCCUCCGCAACAUUGCCGAGCUGAUGGAAAAAUGGGACCAACAGAUGAAGCGGAACCCGAAACGAGUUCGCGAGGUCAAGGCAAAGCUGAAAAAGGAGUGCGCCAAGUUCAACGAGUACAACAAGGGCGCCACCACGAUCGACUUGAUGACGGAUUCGCUAUGGCGUACGAAAGAUGAGCGAGGAGUGUCUUGGGGACCCCAGACUCUCCACCUUCUGCGUUGCCCGCUUUACCCGUUGGACGCAUCCGUUCGGCACGCCUACCAACUGACGAAAGCUUACGAAGCGAGGGGUGUUCUGCCAGAGGUCGACGAAUUCAGGCCGGCCAGCGACGAGUACAUCAAGCCGCUGAUCGCCGGCUGUGACAACAAGCAAUAUUGCUUCUACCGCUCAAUUUGUCUCCGACUCUUCCUUACUAAUUCCACUGUUUUUGAGCUCCGCGGUGUACGUCUCUCCUAUGGACUCGAGUUUUGGGCGUCGUUGAAUAUGAAAGUGACGCGAAUCUCCUAUCCGGACGGGGUCCGUACGAUUCCGCAGCUCCAGCAAUUUAUUGAUCACUUCAAACCUACGCAGUUCAUCAUGUUUCCAAAGUCGGAGGAUACUCCACUUUGCCAGCGGAACCCCACCCAGUUCAUCCAGUUCUUGCGCAGCCCAGUGGUGUGUUCGAUGGAGAAGCUGCACAUCGGAGUCUUCUCUGACUUUCUCGACGAUAUGCACGACAUCAAGGCCAAGGAUUUGUUCAUCGAUUGGAACAUCUUGUAUGGUAAAAGGGAUCCGGGACCCAAGAUUGGAUACUUGACGCAAAAGAUCAUGGCUUGGCUUACGGGGAACCUUGAAAUUGACAAAUUGCAAAUCUGGUCGAAUCUGAAACGUGAGCGCAAGCUCGUCGACAUUGUUCUCGACAGCAUUGACCGCUUCCUCCUUCGUGAAAUUGGAAAAAUCGUUAGGAAAGACGAGAACAUGCAGCUGAUCGUCAGGGCCAGUGAUGGACAAGCCUUGAUCGCCUACCUCGAUAGCAAGGAGAAUUGUUACAAUUGUUUCUACCUGAUCCGAUGCGAUUACAAAUUCCGAUGGGCUCGCCCGGCUGACAGCUACGAACGAAAUGCCGAUUCCCUUCGCCGCAUCCGCAAAUUCAUGCGUCUCGCUUCGCGACUGUCGGAGCAAAAUCCGGAACUGUCGGGCGAUGUGAUGGCCAAGCUGACGGGCGAGUGCAUCAAGUUCAACGCGUACAACAAGGGUGCCACGAAAAUGGACUUGAUGACGGAUGCGCUUUGGCGCCCAAAAAACGUGCGUUGCUCGCCGUGGAGAUGGUGCGAAGAUGGGGGCAUGCUGCAUGAUCCCUGGUACCCGAUCGACAUCUCUGCUCGGCACGCCUACGACUUUACGAAGGCUUUUGAAGAGCGGGUGUACUUGUACUUCGUUGCAGUUUUAAAACACUUCCAACCCACCGAGCUCAUCUACAACCAUUUGUUCGUCGAUUUCAUUGCCCGGGUGGCCGAAUGCGAGCGAUUUUUGAGGAGCGACUUUAUCCGCGGGCUGGAGAAGCUGCAUCUUUUUGCGGUUAUGGGAAAUGUGGAAUGUCUGUUAUCGACUCGGGCCAAAGAUUUCCUCAUCGGCAUCACCGGAUUCACCCCCAGGGCCCAUCUCAACAGCAUAUUCGCCUUUUUGCUGCGCAGGAUUUCGGAUUGGCUGCACGGGGACGAGGAAAUUGACAAGAUCCAAAUAUGCGCUGGCAAGGACAUUGAGGCCGACAAGAUUUUCGGGCGCUUGGUUAACAGGGUUGCGGCGCGGAUGACGAGCGAUAUCGGCUGGAUUGACCGCACGUACGAGGGAAUGGAGCUCAUUCUCAGGGCCAGUGAUGGACAAGCGUUGCUGGUUUUUUGGGACGACGCCGACGGCUUUUUCUAUCUGAUCCGAUGCGAAUAUAAUUACAGACGUGGUCGAUGCCUCGGAAGUUUUCAACGAAACGAAGACUCGCUACGGCGGAUUCGCCAGUUGAUGAGCCUGUCAAAGCAGCUGCUCGAGGGCAACGCGGUAUUGGCCGAAAAUGCGAGGGAGAAGCUGAAAAACGAGUGCAUCAAGUUCAAUGAGUACAACAACGGCGCCACGACGAUCGAUUUGAUGACGGAUUGGAUCUGGCGUCCGAAAGGGGAGCGUCGAUCGCCGUGGGGACUCGUUGAUCGAAUCAUCCUCCAUGAUAAUGUUAAUCGGGUGGACUUUGCUCUUCUGCACGCCUACCGAUUUGCGAGAGCCUUCGAGGAGAGGGGUGUACUGCCCGACGUCGAUGAAUUCAAGCCUUGUAUACGCAAACAA